UGUCCAAAGCGUGCCCACGACGUGUUGUAUUAGCCAUGCGUGAGCAUUUGCAGGCGCUGCAGGCGCAGGGCCAGGGACUUAUCGCUUCGGUUCUGCAAAGGAUUCCUCCUGACUUGCGUGCAAAGGCUGCUGAUGCUGCAAACAAAGCGUAUGAUCAAGCAGCACCUCUUAUAGCAAACGCGUACACGGUGGCCGAGCCCCAUGCAGUCCGUGCUGGUGAGGCCCUCGCCAGGGCGCGGCAGCAGUUCAACGCCAGCGUAGCGGAUGUGGACGCCGCGACGCUUGUGGUGGCCACCGUGCUGGCGCUGCUGGCGGUCGGCCUGUUUCUGAGGGUGCUCAGAAGGCUGGCUCGCCCGUUCAUCGAGCGCGGGGUGCUGCCCGUGCUCUUCGACGCGAUUCGGAGCUUGCCGCCGUUGUCUGGCAUCAUUGCCAAGGAGAAGGCCAAGAUGCGUCAGAAGCUGUUGUCGGCACGUGACACCGGUGUGCCGGGCGGCGGGCCCCGCGACACGCUGACCCGCCUGCCGGCGCGCGGCACCCCCGUGGAGGAGGUGGCGGCACGGCUGCAGCGGCGAGCGCUGGCGGACGUGCAGCUGGGCGCCGACGGCGAGUCCCGCCUCAGCGGCGCCGUGUACAUGGCCGCGCACAGCCCGCACCGCCGCCUGCUGGACUCCACAGUGGCCGCCUUCAGCCUCACCAACCCGCUGCACGCCGACAGCUUCCCCAGCGUGCGGCAGAUGGAGGCGGAGGUGGUGGCCAUGACGGCGGGGCUGCUGGGCGGCGGGCCGGCCGGGCCGGCGCCGCAGGUGUGCGGCGCCAUGACGUCGGGCGGCACCGAGUCCAUCCUGUCCGCCGUCAAGGCCUCGCGCGACUACAUGGCGGCGCGCCGGGGCGUGCGGCGGCCCGAGAUGGUCAUUGGCGUGUCGGCCCACGCCGCGUACUGGAAGGCCGCCGAGUACUUCAACAUCAAGCUGCAUGUGGUGCCUGUGGGGUCCGACUUCCGGCUGCGGGCGGCGGACGUGCGGCCGCGCCUCAACGCCAACACGGUGCUGCUGGUGGCGUCGGCGCCGGGCUUCCCGCACGGCCUGGUGGACGACGUACAGGGCAUUGCCGGGCUGGCGGCGCGGGCGGGCAUCUGCUGCCACGUGGACGCCUGCCUGGGCGGCUUCUGCCUGCCGUUCGUGCGCCAGCUGGGCAGCCGGGUGCCGCCCUUCGACUUCGCCGUGCGCGGCGUCACGUCUAUGUCGGUGGACACCCACAAGUUCGGCAUGGCUCACAAGGGCACCAGUGUGGUGCUGUACCGCCACCCCGAGCUGCGGCAGCACCAGUUCACUCGCAUCACCGACUGGUCGGGCGGUCUGUACAUCUCGCCGGGCCUGGCGGGCAGCCGCAACGGGGCACUCAUCGCCUCCGCAUGGGCCUCGCUGGUGCACCUGGGUGAGGAGGGCCUACUGGCCGCCACCGCCCGCAUCAUGGCGGCACGCGACGAGCUGGUCCGCGGCAUCAGCUCUCACGUGCCGGAGCUGGAGGUGAUUGGCGAGCCGGAGAUGGGCGUGGUGGCCUUCCGCGCGCGGCCCGGCCACCCCGCCCGCCUCAACGUGUACGUGCUCAACGACCACCUCACCAAACAGGGCUGGCACAUGAAUGCGUUGCAGAACCCUCCGGCGCUGCACUUCUGCUUCACCUACAUGAACAGCGCCGUGGCGCCGCAGCUGGUGGCGGCGCUGCGCGCGGCCGCCGACGCCCUGGCCGCCGCCGGCCCCGCCGCCCGCGCCGCCGCCGCGCAGGACGGCAGCGCGCCGCUGUACGGCAUGUCCAACGUCAGCCCCGACCGCGGCAUGAUCGGCGAGUUCCUGGUGGCCUACCAGGACGUCAUGCUCAUGCCGUGAGGCGGCCGGGAGCGGAGGAGGGAGGAGGUCGGCGGGCGGGAGCGAGGGGGGAUAUGGCCGUAUUUCGUGAGGCGGGCGGGCGGGCGGGCGGGCGGGGGGAGGGGGCGGCGGGAGCGGAUGGUGCGCGUGCUGCUGGGGGCCGUGACGGCGCGAUUGUUGUGGAGGUGUGAUGCCGUGGUGGGGCCUGAGAGAUGUGGGGGCUGUGGGAAAUGUGUAAGGAUUGGUGCGGGAUUGUAGACUGGUUGGUGUGAAAGAGUUGUCGGGGCGAGCGGGAGCGGGCAGGAGUGAGGCGCGUGGACAUCGGGGUUGUCAGAGGCAAAUACACGCGGCACGAACGGGGUGCGUGGCGCCGUCCCUGUGGGAGGCAGGGCGACAUGGCCUGGACGGGGCUGGAUGCGGCUGCUGCGGCUGUGGCUUGGCGCCUCUGUAAAAUCUGGCAGGC